AUGGCACCCAAUUUACUUCUGGAGUUUUCAAACAGCUCUGUCAAUCAAGAGGUUGAGAGAUUCGUGGAUACACUCAAAAGAUCACUGCGCAAAAUGGAGAAUGAAGGAUCAUUGAAGGAGAAUUUGUGCAAAUUCCUACACUACUAUAGAUCAACACCGAAUCCAAACUCUCACAAUGGUUUAUCUCCAGCAGAAGCCUUUAUUGGAAGGAAAAUUCGCACAAAUCUGUCACUUUUGAUUCCAAAAGAGGCGGAGCAGGAGGAGAAACAACCUGAUCCAGUAGAUCUUCCGAGAGUAUUCCAGCCAAAAGAGAAGAUCUAUGCCAAACAUUUCACAGGAAACACAUCAUUCUGGGUUCCUGGUGAAAUCAUUGAGAAAGUUGGAGCAGUCAUGUACAAUGUUCUCGUACAGCUGAAGAGUGGAAGAAUAAGGCUUAUUCGCUCUCACGUUAAUCAAAUCAAGAAGCGAUAUUCCGAUACACCUCAGGAUUGCCCUAUUCCUACUGAUCUUUUGCUCGAUGAUGAGAGUGAGGAUGAGCAAAUGGAUGUUGAUGAAGAGGAUAGUGGUGACAGACCACAACCGCGCAGGAACUGGAGAAAACCGGAUAGGAAGACACCACCAUCAUUGCGUCCUCGACCAACCAGGAGAUUUCUUUAA